AUGGUCGUAGUUUUAGCUUUGGUUGACGCUGACUACAACUUCAUUUUUGUGGAUUGUGGUUACAAGGGAAGAAUAAGCGGUGGUGGUGUGUACAGAAACACUGAGUUCUACAAAAAACUGUGUCGUUCUGAAUUGAAUUUAUCACAACCAGAUUUUUUACCAUUAAAAGAAGAAAAGACGCCGUACGUUUUCGGAGCUGAUAGUGCAUUCGUCCUAACUGUUGACAUAAUGAAGCCAUAUCCUGGGAACCAUAACAAAGGGACAAAAGAAAGAGUCUUCAACUAUCGUCUGUCAAGAGCUCGGCGUAUGGUCGAAAACGCUUUCGGAAUACUGUCUUCUGUUUUCAGAGUACUAAGGAAACCUAUUCUUUUACAACUCAACAAGGUUACGGACAUACUCGUAGUUAUGACUUGUGUAAAAAUCAAAGCAAAUAUAUACACCAGUUGGCAGUUUUGA